CACGAGAUGGUGCAAGCAGCCAACCGCCACUGAUUCCUGUGGUCCUAUUCAUCAAACGUGAAUCUCAGGAACCUGCGGCCAUAAAUUCUCGUGUACGAGAUCAGAGCUAGUUAGCCCACGGAGUAGGAGUAGAUCUGAGCGAUGGAGUCGAAGAAGAUGACCGGGCCUCCGAAAGCCGUGGUGGUGGGAGGGAGCAUAGCGGGACUAUCGUGUGCCCACGCCCUGAUCGCCGCCGGGUGGCAAGUGACGGUGAUCGAGAAAUCCGGCACAGCUCCUUCCGGAAGCCCCACGGGAGCCGGCCUCGCGCUCGAUCCACAGUCCAUGAAAAUCGUCGACCGUUGGAUCUCCAACCCGGACCUCCUUCGCGAUAUUACCUUACCCCUCUCUAUUGAUUUGAACCAAGCAACCGACAGUGCGAAGAAGAUAAGCUGGAGACUUGCAAGAGACGAGAGCUGUAAUCUCAGAGCAGCACAUUGGGCAGAUCUGCAUUCGAUCAUGUACAAGGCACUGCCGCCUGGAAUAGUUCUCCGGGGUCACCAAUUCCUCUCCUUCCAUAUUUCCAAUGACGAUAACUCCGUUGUGACCAAAUCCAGAAUUGUCCAGACCAACGAGAUUGUGGAAAUUGUAGGGGAUUUGCUCGUUGCAGCUGAUGGAUGCUUGUCCACAAUCCGUCAGCAUUUCCUUCCAGAUUUGAAAUUGAGGUAUUCAGGCCAUAUUGCAUGGAGAGGGGUACUAGAUUUUUCAGGAGAAGAGAAUUCAGAUACCAUGGUUGGGAUUCGCAGGGCUUACCCAGAACUAGGGCAUUGUCUAUACUUUGAUCUGGCUGAUCGAGCACACUGUGUGCUCUUUGAGCUUCCGAACAGGAGGUUGAAUUGGGUUUGGUUUCACAAUUGGCCGGAACCAGAAAAUAAGCGAAAAUCAAUGACUUUGAAACCUAGCAAUGACAUGACGCAAAAGAUGUUUGAAGAAGCAGAGAAGGUCUGGGUUCCCGAACUGGCUAAGGUCAUGAAAGAGACCCAGCAACCUUUCAUUAAUGUAAUAUACGAUGCUGACCCGCUACCAAAACUCUUCUGGGACAAUGUGGUGUUGGUAGGGGAUGCAGCUCAUCCGGUAGUUCCCAACGGUGCUAGGAGCACUAAUAUGUCAAUUCAAGAUGCCGAGACUUUAGGGCUCUGCCUCAAAAAGUGGGGUUUAGAGAACUUGGCUACUGCUUUGCAGGAAUUUCAGACGAUCCGGCACCCAGUAAUCACAAAGCAAGUUCUCCACUCACGGCUCAUGGGUCGUCUGAGACAAGGAUUGCCUCUCGAAGACAAUACAGCGUUUGAUCCAAAAGCUGCGAGUGCCGAUGAGUGCAAAUGGCUUCAAUACAGAAAUAUGCCUUACGUUGAGCAUGGCGCUCCAACUUCUAUUUGAGCCUGUUUUUUGUUGGUUUGCUUAUAUUCUACGCGGUAGAAUAAUUCUACCUAAUAAUAAUUUCUCGUCAGGGAGAUUAUAUAUAUCAGAUAACAAUGCUACAAGUUCAGAUCGUAAU